AUGACAAAUACCACAUCCUCUUCUAUCCGCUGUGAGGAACACUUGGGGACAAGAGCAAUCGUGGCCGCUGCAUACUCCGUGUUUGCUGUCUCUGGAACUUUGGCCAACGUCCUGGUAAUUUACUUGGUUUGCUCUUUCAAGAAACUCAAAACAACUAGUAACGCCUUCAUAGUGAAUGGUUGUGUUUCAGAUCUCCUUGUUUGUGCUUUCUGGAUGCCACAAGAAGCCAUUUUAGUUUCUACUGGCCGGGUAGAAAAUCCUACUUACAGGAUCUUUAUGGAGGGUGUAUUUUUCCUAUGGAUGACUGUUUCCCUACUAUCUCACUCUCUCAUUGCAUUGAACCGUUUUGUGCUUAUCACCAAGCUGCCCACUGUCUACCAUACCGUCUACCAAAAGCGCAACACAGAGUGGAUGAUUGCUAUGGCUUGGGUACUACCUCUUGCAUUCCUACUUCCUUGGCUGUUCGGUCAAAGGCCACUUGAAGUGUCUAUUCCAUGUCCGCAGCUCAGACUUUAUGUGUUUUUUGGUCAAGGAGUGCCAACAACCAGUUCCUACACAGCGAUUCUUUCUGCGGUGACGGUUCUCAGCCAAACAGCUAUCCUUCUCCAUUGUUACUUCCGCAUAUUUAGAAAAGUACAAGUCAGCCUGAAGAGAGUGAGUGUCCUCAACUUUCAGGUGGUCCAUAAUCUACCCUGUCCUUGCCCUCGAAAAGACAAACGUCUGGGACUCUACGUGCUCAUUGUCUGCUGUGUCUUUUCAAUUACCACAGAGCCCUUUGCAUGGUCAGCUCUCUAUGGUCUCUUUCAGCCUCUGCCCCGGGGUCUAGAAACAAGCAGUUGGCUUAUGCUAUGCCUCCUUUUUGUUCUGAACCCUUUUAUCUACACCUGGAAGAACGAGGAGUUCAGGAGGUCUUUUCGCGCAGUGGUUGGAGGAGAGCUAUGGAAAAGUGCUGCCGUUAGUGCUGAUCCGGCUGUGCAAACCAUUUCUCAGAAUGAACCAUGAGUCAAAGUAAUAGUGUGAUAGAGACGGAACAGUGCAGAAUCUCAGGAGGGUGUUCAACUCAGAAAUCGAAGCUGAUUCUUGACUGUGCUGUCCUCGUUCCCCUCACUUUUGUAUUGAUGGUUUCCAUAGAAACAUUCUGCAUUCACCCCCUCUAAGCACCAUGGGCCAGGAAGAACGAGCCAGCUUCUUCAGUCUAUCAGCGAUAGGAUUAAAUGAGUGGAUAUUUCCACAAAAAAUAUAGGCUUUUACAUGAGCUGUCAGCAUUGAAUUUAAUAAGA